AUGUCGUCGUCAGUAGUUGCCUCAACUCGUGAAGGGGUUUCCUUGCGGACUGUUAAAGUGAACACCAAGGGUGGAAAGUACGAUGUAGUCGUUGGUCGAGGCAUAUGCACUUCACCGUUAUUCAAGGAACUUGUCUCGGAAGUUUGCACAGAUGAAAAGCAACGCGUCACUAAAUUCUUCGUUUUCGUUGACGCUAACUUGCUGGGCCUCAACAGUGCUUUGGUGACCAUCAUCGAGGUUGCUCUAGCUUCCAUAGUAGGCGGUGAUAAUGUGAACCUUAUGUGUAUCCACAGUGGCGAGGCCUCGAAAUGUCGAGAUCAGAAGGCCGAAAUUGAAGAUUUCUUAUCACGGAAAGGCGCUGACCGCCGCGCGGUCCUGGUUGCCCUCGGUGGUGGCGUUAUAGGAGAUCUCAUUGGUUUUGUUGCAGCAUCUUAUUAUAGAGGAAUUAGAUUCAUUCAGGUUCCAACGACAGUGUUAUCUAUGGUGGACUCCUCUGUUGGUGGCAAGACUGCGGUCGAUACACAAUUCGGCAAGAACCUCAUAGGUGAGCAUCUCCUCGUUAUAGAGCUUCUGCUGCAUAUACGGAUGAGAAGCAAUUGUUGA